AUGAUAAUGCCAGUAUUUUCUCACCCUCUUCCAAUGGAAUCCUCAAAAGAUAACUUCGAGCUUGUGGCUCGUUCAACGUUGAAUAAAACAGCACCUCGUUCACUUGAAUACAUGGCGAACCUGGACCAAGCUCCUGAAAUCAACAUUGCUUCACAAUUGACCACGAAAGCUGACCCACUUUUACUCAGAAGGUACCGGAAUAAACGAUUUGAUUGGAGAAACUUCAGUCCCUGGUCCCCUUUUUUAGGGUGCGGCGAUUCUUGUCCAUCUUCCAAAUCAAACGAGCCUCAUUCCCAUUCGUCUUGCACCCCAUCAGGUACUCACUCCAAGAAGUCCCGUACGAAGCAGAACACGCCUUACCCAUUCGUCACUGAAGAUCCUUCUUGA